UGUGGUUCGACCGCAAACUUGAAGGAGUUGAACAUUAAUUUCUUGGUCGAACAAUAUACGAGUAAUGCCUGCAAAAUGGACCGACUGAGGGCGAGGGCGAGGGCGAGGGCGUAAUGUCGAGGCGCAUUUGUUGACGCAGCUCCGCCGCCUCCGUCGCGGCCCCUUAGGAUCAGAACAUGCUGCAUUUCUCCACCCGGUACGCUUAGUAAAACCCAACCUGGGAGGGGGAAGCGCUUUGCUGGUCCCAGUGGGUGGUAUUCGGCAAAAUCAACACGAUCCAAGUAUGUUUCCCUGCCUGCUCCGGCGAGCCAUCAUCGCCACCACCGCCACAACUAACAGCCGGAGCAUUCUCCUCCGCUCCCUUUCGGCCGCCUCUGGUUCUCCCUCCUCCUCGUGGCUCUCCAUCCCGGGCAAUCCUCGCAUGCGCUGGCCUUCUCCGCCAGACCUCAAACCCGGGCCUGCGGCGUUAAAUUUUCCUUGCCAAUCGCCAAAUCCACCUCCGUCGUGGGCCUCCUUCGGACAAGAAGAAUGCGAAGAUGAUAUCGCCGCUACCGCCACUGCCAUCGCCCACCUCCUCCGGACUGCAACCAAUACCUACCACCUGGACUCCGCCCUCCUUCGCUGCGGCAUCUCCCCCUCCGCCCCCAUUAUCGCCGCCCUCCUCCGCGACGGCGACCUUCCUUCGGCCGCCCUCGUCGUCCUCUCCCGUUGGGCCCGCCUCCACCUCACCCCUUCCCUCCUCGUCUCCCUCGUGGACCUCCUCGCCAAGUCCCGCGCUUUCGACUCCGCCUGGUCUCUCCUCCUCGACGUCGCCCCCGCCCCCCUCUCGGCCUUUGCUGCGCUCUUCCGCCGCUACGCACGCGCCGGAAUGCCCUCUGCAGCCAUCCGCACCUUCCAAUACAUCCGCCGCCAUCCAGAAGCCAUCACCCCGGAGGAGGAAAACGGGGAACCCUUUGAGCUCGUCAUCGACGCCCUUUGCAAAGAAGGUCACCCUAGAGCAGCCGCGGAGUUUGUCGACCGCACAAGAAAGGAGGCCGCUGCUCCUUCCAUCCGGGUCUACAACAUGCUCCUUCACGGCUGGUUUCGAUCUCGGAGGCUCCGCGAGGCCGAGCUCACAUGGAACCGGAUGAAGCGUGAGGGUGUGCGCCCCACCGUCGUCACUUAUGGAACUCUCAUCGAGGGCCUCUGCCGGAUGCGUCGCCCCGAUCAGGCGGUCAACCUGCUGGAAGAGAUGAAGGCUGCUGGGAUCGAGGCCAACGCUCUCACCUGUAAUCCCAUAGUCGACGCGCUCUCGGAGGGUGGUAGGUUCAAGGAGGCCCUUGGCAUGCUGGAAAAGUUCCCUCUUUAUGGUGUGUCUCCCAAUAUCUCCACCUUCAACUCUCUCGUGAAAGGCCUCUGCAAGAACGGGGACCUCGUGGGCGCAAGUAGGGUUCUGAAGAUGAUGGUGGGAAGGAGCAUUCUUCCCACGCCGAGCACCUAUAAUUAUUUCUUCAGGUUUUUCUCCAAGUUUGGAAAGAUUGAAGAAGCAAUGAAUCUCUACACCAAGAUGAUUCAUUUGGGAUAUUUCCCUGAUCGACUCACGUACCAGCUACUGAUCAAAAUGUUAUGCGAGAAAGAGAAGUUGGAUUUGGCCGUGCAACUGAUCAGGGAGAUGAACAGGAACGGUUUUGAUCUGGACUUAGAUACUUGCACUAUGUUGGUGCAUUUGCUUUGUCGAACGCACAGGUUUGAGGAGGCCUCUGUGGAGUUUGAGAGCAUGAUCAAGAGAGGGAUUGUGCCCCAGUACGUCACGUAUCAAAUGCUUGUGAAAGAACUAAAUAGCUUGGGGAUGCUAGAACUGGAGAGGAAAGUUUCGAAUCUGAUGAACACAGUGCUGCAUUCUACAAAGUUGCCAGAUACUUAUAGAGAAAGGGAAUAUGAUCAGACUGUUGAGCAGCAGAAGUCUAUCUUAAGGAAGGCUGAAAUGAUGUCUGAUGCUUUGAAAUCAUAUAAAGAUUCAAAGGAGUUCAGUAAUUUAAGGAGCUCAAAUGAGAUAGCUGUCGAGAGUGCAAGUAUGUUAAUAACUGAUAUUAGAAGAAGAGUGUAUGCUAUGCAAAGUGAAUAGUAUAUUUGAUUACUCAUUAGGGGCCAAGUUAUAUUUAUAGUGAUAUGCAAGCAGAUCCUUUUCUUAGUCUGGUGGUUUCUUUGUGGCAUCGAUUGGUCCAAAUAGUUUUCAGAAACUGAAUUAUUUGAGUGUUUCAGUCAUCACUGAUAAGGUGAAGUGACCUUUUUAUUCCCUUCAAACAUGUAUUCCUGUUGUAAAUGUUGGUGAUUGCUUACUUGA